AUGCCGGUGGUGACUUUACCAACUGUUGAUGUACCUGACUCUGUAAUAGAUCAACUCAAUAAUGAAGCUAGUUCUGAGAGCAUAAGAUCAGCAUCUUGUGUCUUAUCAAAGCAACUGCAAGUUAAUGCAUCUAAAUUAGCAUGUAAUCUUGAAAAUUAUGAAGAUUCUUCACAAUCAGAGUCAUGUGACAUAGAAGAACUUAAAUCCGAUUUGCAUGAUGAAGUUAUUACCAAGUUGAAUAAAAAUAUAAUUGUGGAACAGGAGUUAAAGCAACAGUUAUCAUCACCUGCACAUACAUCUAUGUCAGAUCAAACUUCAGAAGAACAGAAUCCAUCUUCAGAUACC